CGUCGACAAAGCCGCUACAAGCACAAGUGCUACGCAGCAAUGACAAGAGUUCAACUGCCGAUCCCCACAGAUUCAGGUCGGUUUGUCGGCAAUUCUCACUUUCCAAUACCAUGCCUGCCUCCCUCGACACUAUCCUUCCCGCGCCAGUGCUCAGCAACGCCAUGAACAGCGUGCACUACACCAGCGACGACGACGUCGAGCUGCCCAACAUCUACACGUACUUCCACGACUUUACCUUUGAAACGGACGCCAACAUGGACGACAUGGACGCCGUGUCGGUCUUUAUUGCUGGCCUCGAAUACCUCAAGCACCUCUUUAUGACCUCCGCACCGCCGACGGCUGCGUAGUGAGCCUUCUCGACCCACGUUUGUACUAUACAAGUAUUAUUUCAAGCAAAAUGAGCGCGAGUUCCUUACUUUUCGACAA